AUGUCUGUUGGACGAGCUAUCCCAGCCUUACCCGACAACCACGAGUUAGCAUCGAACAAUACCGCAACAGGUCUUGAGCCUCAGCGGAGGAGUGAAGACUGGCCAGUGAGUGUCGCAUUUACCGCUGGCACGCAGACGCUUGGCUUUGAGCUCCCACGAGAUGGACAGGUGCACGACUUGGGCUCUAUCGAAUGUCUCGCACUUCCUUCGUACUCCAUCGGCGACUGCAACGAUAUUAGUGUCUCUCAGAUUGGUGUCACGUCAGGAACAGCACCAUGCACAUUCAUGGGUAUCGAUGGGUUCCAAAUCACAAUUACGGUCAAUGAUAAGGGGUACAUAGACGUUACUCCCCCGCAAAAUAUCGUCUCCGGUUCUUGUGGUUAA